AUGCGACCAUUCAACCCAUUCGAUGUCGAAGUCACGCCCGAAGAAAUACGGAGCUUCUUGCGCUAUGAGUUUCCUUUCGUACCGGAAGCUCCUCCUCGGAUGCCAAUACAGGGACUACAACAAUUGGCCCAAAAGUGGAUCAAUCUUCACGCGCAGGCUGAAGCAUCGAAACGCUCUCAAGGAAUCGGCCAGAAUGCUACUGAUAUCAAGCCUGUCCUCAACCGCGCGGUCCUUGAUGCAAGCAAGCAUACAGACAAGCCGACAAACUCCAGUUCAACGAGAGUCAUUCAGAAACCCCGCCCUUCAGAGUCGAGCUCAGCUGCGAAUGUCUCAAAAUCUCCCCCGCUUUCAGCUUUAGACAUCGAGAUCAACUUACUUGCAGACACUGGAGGCUCUACAAGUCUCAAAAGCUCAAGUCGAACUGUAUCUGGCAACAAUCGCAAGGAUGAAGCUCUUUCGGGCAGACAUGAAUCUCGGGCAGCUCCGACUCCAAAGAACAACCCAGUUCCGACUCCAAAAAAUAAGCCAACUCCGACUCCAAAACUUCAGCCAGCUCCGACUCCAAAAGCCAAGCCAGCUCCGACUCCAAAAGCCAAGCCAGCUCCGACUCCCAAAGCCAAACCAGCUCCGACUCCAAAAGCCAAGCCAGCUCCGACUCCAAAAGCCAAGCCAGCUCCGACUCCCAAAAACAAGCCAGCUCCGAUUCCCAAAAACAAGCCAGCCACCCAGAAUACGAUCACUCGGAAAUCAAAUCAAUUUGUAGCGGUCAAGCAACCUUUAAGCCCUUCUCCUAAGAACAGCGCUUUUCCUGGAUCUUCAGUUCAAAAAAAGUCGGGUUUGAAGUCCAGUCAAAGUUCUGCUUGUCAUAAAAGAGAUUCGGAUGAGGCGUUUUCAUCAGACACGGAACAAGAAUUAGCGAGCUUACCACCAACCCAAAAAAAGUCCAGCUCUUUGGCUCCUGUGAAAAAGGAUCCGAUCACUCGAAAAUCGAAACCAUCUAAGUCUUACCCACCUGCCAAAGUCCGUUUUUCGGCGCCUGACCUAUCUCAGGGCAGUGAUACCAGCUCACUCACUCCGCUAGAAUCUUCGGACUCAACGUUCGAUGUUGAGUGCGAGGAAUCUGUUCCGCAUUCGACUCCUUGUGAUCCGUUACCAGAGAGCACCGAGCCCUGCAACUGCGAGUGUCGCAAGGAAAUGAGCGGCUUGAAAUCUCGAGUCGAGGUCUUGGAAGGAUUCCUUCUCUAG